UAACGAGGCACGCAUACACACUCAAACGUUUUUUAAUAUGGCCGAUUUGACCUAAAUAAGAUUUAUUUUUGACCUAAAGAAGAAUGAUUAUAUGCAGCAUUUGAAAGUUGAGCCAGCAGAUGAAAACAAGGCUUUCAUGACUUUUGUUAUCCCCCACGACAAAGAGAAACUUCUUACGGGGUUUUUCGAGGAGCUAGAAAACAGAGAAUCUGAGUUUGGAAUCUCAGACAUACAGCUCGGGCUUGCAACUCUUGAAGAAGUGUUUCUGAACAUAGCUAGACGAGCUGAACUGGAAAGUGCAACCGUUGAAGGAACCAUGGUUACUCUCGAGUUAGAAUCUGGCAUCUCACUAGAGAUACCCGUGGGAGCCAGAUUUGUUGGGAUCCCUGACACAGAAAACGCAGAGAAUCCAAGUGGAGUAAUGGUUGAAGUCUACUGGCAACAAGACGGGUCAGGAUCGAUGUGCAUCACAGGGCAUUCAUCGGAGAUGCGGGUUCCACAUAAUGUUCAGCUAACACAUCCACCAUCACCAAAUGCAUUAGGACAUAAAGGGCUACGACAAGCGGUUCGGGGUAUUGUUAUCGAUUUAUGAAUCUAACAAGUUAAUGUUCACUUUUACUGGAAUGUGACCAAAG